UGUAACAGGACUCUGGGCUGACUGGGUCGGGUUCUAGCUGCUGGCCUCGGUUCGGUACAAGCCGCAGCAGUUAGAAGGCCACUAUGUUCUCUAUGUGGGACACUUGAUCGCCCCCUCCCUCCCUCCCUCCCUCCUCUGUCCUAGGCUGUACUACAAACAUGAAAUGCGCACAUGGAGCUGCAUGAGGGAGGAGCUCUGCAGAGUUUCCUGUCGGGGCAGCUGGGCUAUAAAAGUCUGCAUCCGUGAGCAAGAAGUUUUGACUGAGAGACAGAACAUUGUUUCUACAGUCUUCCUAGGUGUCUCAGGGAGACGCCGCCUCUCUUCUCGCCCGGAGGCAGCCGCCGCUGCCCGCUGCUGUGCGCGCUCAUGCCGUGGUUGCGGUCCUCCCCACAGUGCCUCUCCCUGUCGCCGGGCCAGCGGGAGUGUGAGCGGACGGCGUUCUCCUUCUACUGCGCGGUGCGGCAGCAGCUGCCGGUCUGGCUGCUGGAAGAGAUGCGGAGCAUGGAGGUGUUCUGCUGGGAUAACGGAAGCCCGCGAGCCUUCCUGCCGUCCGAAGCCCUGCUCUACGCUAUAGUGCACGACCACCGGGACUAUGCGCGCUACCUCCUCAACAGGUUCUCGGUGAGCGCGCUCCGGGCGCCGAGCUGCAGCUUCUGCUGCUGCCCGGGCAGCGGCGCGCCGCACCUGAACGUGGCGGUGCGCUACAACCGCGUGGCGGUCCUCAGCAUGGUGAUGGAGGCGCUGAAGGACUGCGACGGCCCCCCGGGGAAGCGGGGGGAAUACCUGGACGGCUGCGGCGGCUGCGUUCACGCCGCGGACGCGGGGAAGACGGCGGUCCAGCUGGCGGUGGAGCUGUCGCAUCCCGACUGCCUGCUGCAGCUGCUGGUCCACGGCGCGCGGCCCGACGGCCUCGAGGUGGCGCUGCAGAGACUCGUCUCCUGUGUUGUUUCGGAGCGACAAGCGGCGCAGCGGUGCCUCGACUUCCUGCUUCUGUUCCUGUCCAAGCCGCCGCCGCUGCCGUGGCUGCGGGACGAGCCGCAGCGCUGGCAGGGCGUGCUGGGGGACAGUGUGUUCAGCUGGCUCUGCGGCCUGGCCCCCUCCCCCCUGCUGCUGCAGGCGCUCCGGUGUCUGGCCCAGUCCGGAUCACACUGCAUCACCUCGCUGCCAGACUUCCUGCAGCCGCACAGCUGACAGACAUCUGUUAUGGAAGCCACUCUAAAGGACUGCUGUGAUUGGCCAGUUGGAAUGUAAAUAACGUGUAAAUAUUCUCGAAAUAUACAUAUUAAAGGUGUAAAAUAGGCAGCUUUGUAGAAGCUCUACAGGACUAGGGGAGCAGAAGUGUUAUUUAGGUGUUUGGUUUAGCUAUAAUCUGGCAGAAUAAAUUUCUUUGUCAGUUUCUGACUGGUUGGAAAAAUUGGCUCUGAGAACAUCAGGGUUGAGUUUGGAGCUUUGUUAAUUAUAUAAUAAUACUGCAGCAAAUGUUUAAAAGCCUUAAUUUAUAUCAUCUGAUCUAAUCAGUCAGUCGUGUCCCGGAUUUUAAAGGCAUUUUUUUUUACACAUCACUUGUCUGGCAUACAUUUUUAUUCAGUCCCCUUUACUCCGAUUCCCCUAAAUAAACCCGAGCACACCAAGUUGCCUUCAGAAGUCACCACUAGUAGAACCCAGCUUUGAUUCAUUUAAUCUGAGUCUAACUGCAGCUGUUCGCUUUCCGACCUCAGAGGUUCUUUAGAGAACACCGGAGAACCAGCUUCACGAAGACCGAGGAACCCAGCAGACAGGUCAAGGAGGAAGUUAAGGUCAAAGCAGGGUUAGGUUCUGAAACAAACAGUCCAUCAUCUGGACCUGGAGGGAGGAUAGACCACCUGCAGACCUCCCGAGACAUGGAGGUCCACCUGGACUGACAGGCUGGGCGAGGAGAGCAUUAAUCAGAGACGCAGCCAAGGUGCUUAAUGCUGCAGAGAUCCAGGGCUCAGGCGGGAGUCUGACAGGACAACUCUGUCAUGUACUUUAUGAAUGGGUGCCAAGAAGGAAGCAGAUGUCUUGUUUUUGUUUUUUUUUUUAAAAGGCAAAGCUCCUAAAGACCUGCAGCAAAAAGUGGUUCUAUAAUGUAUUAACUCAGACAUUUUAAAUACAUGUGCACACCAGAUGAAACAAUAUACAUUGUAGUGAGUGCUGUGAUGUAGUAAAAUAUGGAUAAAGGUUUGUGACCAUGAGCCAGCAGUCCACACAUAUGUCCACACUGACCUGUCUCCUACAGAACAGAGGCUUAUCAGUGGUCUAUCAACGUCUACCUCCUUUACCUCCAGAGUCUCAUAUAUGCAGCAAAGACAUCAGAGUUAGCCGUUCUCACUUAUUCAGAGUGUUGGAGAUAACCUCAGCAGUAGGGUUAAAGAUCUUCUACCAGCUAUUUCUUUCUCCACAAAACAAAUGCAAAAGAACAGGAACAAAUGAAAUCAACACGUCUAAAACCUUGAUGAGUUUGGGAGAAAAGUUUUAUUUGUAUUUUGACCCAGAUGGCGAAAGCUCUCUUCCCUGUCAUAUCGGGAAAAGGAUGUUGCAGGAAGGAAAAAAAACCUGCUUUGCAAGCACAGUAAGAUUUCUAGAGGGUUUGUGGUUUUUAUCAUUACCGUCUCCGAGAAAAUGUGUUUGUCUGCUUGUUUGUUUUGUUGGAAAUAUGCCCAGAUAUUGUGCUGUCAAGUUUUAGUGGGAGUGUUAAAGCAUAAUGUGAAUAAACAUGAACUGAUCAGCAUCUGAUGCCGAAGCUGCA